AUGGGGAUAUCAGACAUUUUUCUUCAGUCCUCUGGUUCUGUGAUCUUACUGGGGACUCUGGUGGUCCUGCUGCUUGUCUACCUCGUCUCCUCCUGCAGCUUUGGUUCUCAGGAACACAGGAAGGAACCUCCAGGACCCAGACCGCUUCCCCUGCUUGGUAACCUGCUGCAGCUGGACAUCGAGAGACCCUUCAACACAUUACUGAAGCUUUCCAAGAAAUAUGGAUCAGUGUUCACUGUGUAUUUUGGACCCAAAAAAGUGGUGGUUCUGGCAGGAUACAAGACAGUGAAGGAGGCACUGGUCAACUACGCUGAUGAGUUUGGAGAAAGAGACCAAAUACUAAUUAUGCAAGAAGCAAGUCAAGGACAGGGGGUUUUAUGGUCCAAUGGGGAUUCAUGGAAAGACAUGAGACGCUUUGCUUUGACAAACCUGAGAGAUCAUGGGAUGGGUAAAAAGGCGUGUGAGGACAAAAUCAGUGAGGAAUGUGACUACCUCACUGAAGUCUUUAAGAAAUUCAGAGGAGAAGCCUUUGAUACGACCAAACCAAUGCACUAUGCAGUCUCUAAUAUUAUCUGCUCCAUGGUCUAUGGCAGCAGAUUUGAAUAUGAUGAUCCAGAGUUUACAUCCUUGGUAGAUCGAACAAAGAGAAACAAUCAACUUGCGGGCUCCCCAUCAAUACAGUUAUACAACCUGUUCCCAUGGAUUGGUAAAUGGAUCGCUAACAGGAAGGAAUUCCACAAAUUGGCUGAUGCCAAUAAGAAACGUAACUUACAGCUGUUCAGUCGUCUGAAAGAGACCCUCAACCCACAGAUGUGCAGAGGAUUUGUGGACGCCUUUCUGGUCCGACAGCAACAUCUGGAGAAAUCUGAGAUUACCAACAGUCACUUCCACAACCAAAACCUUCUGAUGACAGUUAUUCACCUGUUUGUUGCCGGCACUGAUACAACUGCAACUACACUCAGAUGGGCACUCCUGCUUAUGGCUAAAUAUCCAAAAAUACAGGACCAGGUCCAGGAGGAACUGACCAAGGUGAUAGGAAGUCGGCGGGUGCAGGUUGAAGACAGGAAGAACCUGCCCUUCACUGAUGCUGUCAUCCAUGAGACUCAGAGACUGGCAAACAUCGUCCCCAUGGCAGUGCCUCACAGAACCAGCCAGGACGUCACUUUCCAGGGUCACUUCAUCAAGAAGGGAACCACAGUGUAUCCUCUGCUGACAUCUGUCCUGUAUGAUGAGAGUGAGUGGGAGAGACCUCACACCUUUUAUCCUGCCCACUUCCUGGACAAAGACGGAAAGUUUGUCAAGCGAGACGCCUUCAUGCCUUUUUCUGCAGGUCGCAGGGUUUGUCUCGGGGAGGGUCUGGCCAGGAUGGAGCUCUUCAUCUUCUUCACCACCCUGCUGCAGCGCUUCCGUUUCACUCCUCCACCUGGAGUUUCAGAGGAUGAGCUGGAUCUGACACCACGUGUGGGCAUCACCCUCAGCCCUUCACCUCAUAAACUGUGUGCUGUCCCCUGUGCAUGA